AUGGCCGAAGAGGACGACGAAGGAACGUUCGGUGGAUUGUAUGAAGACGGUCAUUGGAUUUGGGACGAUACAACACAAGCUUUAGUUUUUAUUAGUGAUUUGCCGCCAAAACCAGUGGAAACCUUUCAAAUACCGACAAAAGCACCUACGGGUACAGUCGAGUUCAGAGAUGAUGUGGACCUCAUCGAACAGAUUCGCUUCAGGCGUCGCUAUCAAAGAAAAUUGAAACCGGGGCAAGCUGAUGUUAUAACAUUACAGGACGUGAAGGAUAUAGCUUUGUUCACAGCUCCCGUUAAUAUUAUGAGCCCUAUGCUAAUAAAUUUGCUCCAUUUGCCUACCACUGAAAGAUUCAUUCGAGCGCUUAUUAUUUACUCACAGUAUUAUUUGCAGACUGCAGAUGAAAUGGCUCGACGUAUUUUAGAGCUUGAUACCAAAGUCCGCACGCCGCAAUGUCGGGUUCUCGAAAGCGAAUUUCGGGAUAAUUUGUCAGAUUUACGAUUGUUGGUCGCCAAGGAAUACAGUACGAUGAUUAUAGGCGGUGGCGAUACGCGAAAAUUUCACCACAUGGGUGCGCAGAAGAAGAGGAAAUCACUGUCCGACAAAGAUGCGCGGCUCUUCGAAACUUUUCUGCGGAUGGACAUCGAUUAUCGCUUGUUGGGCCUUGGGGUUGUUAAGUAUGCACACAAUUCGUCCAGGCUAUUGUACAUGAUGCAAGCGGUAGCAGGUCCCGAGGAGUCGUUAGCUGAGCUUGGGAUAGUUCUGGGUAUUAUUGGGAAGGCGAGAUCGUUGUUUGACACCGUGUUAAGGCCCUUACCAACGUCUGUGGAUACAGGAAAAUCUAAAGUUUCUAUGUCGUCUUCGAGUAGCUACAGUGCUAAAAGUACCGGCUCAAUGAAGAAAAGCACAACUGCCGUACAAAAGUUAUAUGAUGACAUUGUAUUGCCGAAAAAGGAAACCAGGACCACGUACUUUCCACCAACGUUUCCCGAUGCGUCAGCUGAGAUCCGCCCCUGCAGUGAAGUUCAGCGUCUGCGUUGGUUGAAUCGGCUUGCUAGACUUCUGAAUCCACAAACAACGGUGCAU